UGAGCUGUUACACCACACACCUGCACUGGCUGUGUUAACAUUUUAAAAUGCCUUUUUAAUAAGGCACACAUAUAAGAAACCGUCAGUGUACCAAGUGAAAAUGAAGAUACUGGCUGAAAAAAAAAAAAACAAAAAAAAAAAAACACAUUCUGCUUGACAUUAGUUAGUUCUAGUUUUGCGCUAGAAUUCUGAUUGAGAGUUUUGAAGUUAUGGAUGACUUUUUAAAUUUAUAAUAAUAAUAAUAAUAAUGUUAAUACUACCAAGGAAAAAAAAUACAAAAUGUUUAUAGUAAAAUUAGUUUGAACUUGUUUUUGGGGGAUAUGAGGAUUUGUUUUUAUUAUAUACUGUAUAUAUUAUAGCAGCAAAACAAAAUAACAUCUCAACAUUGUUAACCUUAACCUUGGGCUGUAAUGAGAAACAAUUACUGUAAAAAAUAAAUAAAAAUAAAUCCCCAUUAUAAAAAGUACCUGCAUGCUUUUACAACCAGCUUCUGUGUAAACUUUAUUAUGCAUGACCACAGUACAGUACUUCCCCCUCGCUAUGAAAUAUGAGGCUAUAAAACAAAACCAGGAAAUGCCAAAGUGUGUGAUCCAGAGAUCUAAUUGCAUGAAAAGGAAUUUAUGAUUUCACUUUCCCUACAGCCAUUAGGAGCAAAGCCUUCAGAAGAGUGAACUCUCCGGGCAGGUGUAGAUGCAUUGGGCUGCUAGGAGUCGUCUUUAUGUUAAGUGAACUAUUCUAAUCCUCUGCAGUCCCCCUGGAAGAAAGAACACAGAGCUGUGACCUUUGGAAUCACUGCACCUUCUCUAUCCCUGUAUCAAACCUCAAGUGAAAGCAUACGACUGUGCUCGACACGCUGGUUCAGCAGAUUUACCUGUGGAAGCUGAAACACAUCACGCGCUGGACAAUCGAUAAUGAACUGCAGCAAUGCCCUCUGAACAGCUGUUUAAAGUGUUAGUCAUUGGAGGAUCUCAAGUGGGUAAAACCUCCUUUGUGAAACGCUGUGUUGGUGGGGUUUUCACAGAGUUCUACAAGGUGACAAUAGGAGUUGAUUUUGCAAUUAAAACUAUUGAAUGGUCCAAUGAAGAAAUAGUGAGGCUGCAAUUCUGGGAUAUUCAAGGACAGGAGGACUGUUUACCAAUUACAAGGGCCUUUUUCAGAGAUGCAGAUGCUUGUAUAAUGAUGUUUGAUGUAACCAGUGAGAAGUCCUUUACAUUCUGUGAAGCACUGAAACAAGCAAUAGACACAGAGGUGCCUGGAAAAGAUGGAAAUCCAAUACCUUGUGUUCUUCUAGCAAAUAAGUGCGACUUGGCACAGCGAACAGUACAGCCAGGGGCAAUUGCAGACUUCGGAAACGCUUUAAACUUUUUCACAUGGAUGGAAAUAUCUGUCAAGGAGAACAAGCGUGUUGAAGACUCUGUAAGGCAGAUUGUGGAGGCAGUGAUGACAAAAAGAAAUCUGUCUGCUGCAGUAGCAGUAGGGUCAGGAACUGUGGACAUUGUACCAGAGCACAACACCUCCGCCCGUGGUUACUGCUGCAAAAGUUAAGGGCCAACAAAGACAGCUAUGAGCAGUUCUGAGAUACCGCUGAUGCAAACCUCAAGGAGGAUUCACUAAGAGACUCAUCUUUCAUUUAGAGGAGCUCUACUUUCCAUGAGUCUUCUUUUCUUCAUUUAUAGUUUAAACUUUUAAAAGGAAUACAAUAUUGAUAGUUCCAUACGUGCUGUUGGAGAAUUUUACAAAACACUGUACGAAGUAUCACUCCUGUAGUUCUCUGAAAUCUGUCAAAGCCCUCCAAGCAUUUCUUUGAAAUGAGGGUUAUCUGAAUGGAUGUGAAUUACAGCCAGCAGGCAGUGUAAAAACUGAAUACAAAAUCAGAAUAAAAGCCGACGUGUUUAAACAGUUUAUUAUUUCAAGACGCAAUGAACAGCAGGUAUUUUUUUUUUGCAGACUUCUGAAUGGCAGAGUACAACAAAUGGGAAAAUGUUACUUCUGAUUAAGUGUCUGUUGACCUAAACUAUUCUUACACUUGAUUUGUUUCUUUACAAAAAAAAAAAAAAAAAAAAAAAAAACACACAA